AUGACACAAGUUUUUAGCCACGCAGAUGUGCAACCUCACAACACCAAGGAUGAUCUCUAUCUGAUUAUUCGCGGCAAGGUUUACAACGCUUCGUCAUUUGUGGACGACCACCCCGGCGGUUCAGAUAUCUUGCUCGAGGUGGCCGGGCAAGAUGCCACUGAAGCCUACGAUGAUACUAGCCACUCUGAUGAGGCCGACGAGAUCCUGGACGAUCUCCAAGUAGGCAUUCUGAGCUCCGGCUCCAACUCAACGCCACAAGGGGCCAAUCAGCCAGUCACCCAAGAGCCUGCAGCGCAAGUCGCGACCAAGGUGCUGCAACCGGAUCACUUCCAGGAGUUCAAACUCCUGGAAAAAAACAUGGUCUCACACAAUGUGGCUAUAUAUCGCUUCAACCUCCCCAGUCCUGAGUCAAUACUAGGUCUACCAAUCGGCCAGCACAUUUCUAUCUCCGCCCUGAUUCCACAGCCUGACGGUACUAGUAAGGAGGCUACGCGCUCUUAUACACCUAUCUCUGGUGAUGACCAGCCUGGUUGCUUCGACCUACUUAUCAAGUCCUACCCUCAGGGAAACAUCUCCCGAUAUAUAGAUACGCUUGUUCCUGGUCAAACUAUUCGCGUCCGUGGACCCAAGGGGUGUUUCGUUUAUACCCCUAAUAUGGUCCGCCAUUUUGGUAUGAUCGCUGGUGGUACUGGAAUUACACCUAUGCUGCAGAUUAUCAACGCGAUUGCCCGUGGUCGUACGAGUGGCGAUAUAACUGAGGUGGAUCUUAUUUUUGCCAACGUGAACUCUGAGGAUAUCUUGCUGAAAGAGAAACUCGACGCGUUGGCUAAAGUCGAUGCUGGCAUCCGCAUCCACUAUGUCCUGAACAACCCACCCACUGGCUGGACCAACGGCGUCGGAUUUGUUGGAGCCGAGAUGAUAACUAAAUGGCUUCCCAAGCCUGGGAACGAUAUCAAGAUCCUGCUUUGUGGACCGCCUCCCAUGGUCAGCGCUAUGAAGAUAAUCACAGAGAGCUUGGGAUACAACGCGGCUCGGCCCGUCAUGUAA